AAGAUGGAUGAUGCACCGGGAUUUACCGGUUCCGGUAGCAGAGAUUGGGUGGGAGAGCAACAGCACACCAUGUUUUCCCGUUUUCGGAUUUAUUGAGUGAAGAGGACUUCAAAUUUGGAAAUGGUAAAUCGGUAAAUGAAUUUGGGUGAGAGAGCAGAGUGCCAGAGAGACACUGUUGGAGUUCUAGGUUUAGAGUAGGUUAAGAUCAAAACUCGAAUGGGGAGAAUUUUCCUGGUUGAAUUAGAUGGCAGAGCUUAUAGAUGCAGAUUCUGUGACAGCCCUCUUGCCCUUGCCGAUGAUAUCAUCUCUCGGUCUUUCAGCUGCCGUCGAGGAGGGGCAUAUCUGUUCAGCACUGUGGUGAACAUAACGCUUGGUCCCGAGGAAGAGAGGCUGAUGCUUUCUGGUUUGCAUACUGUAGAAGAUAUUUUUUGCUGCUGCUGCGGACAGAUUCUUGGAUGGAAAUAUGUAAUUGCACAUGACAAAAACCAAAUAUACAAGGAAGGAAAGUUUGUGCUCGAAAGAUGGAGGAUAGAAGUGGAUGUUGCUGAGGAAUUCAAUUUAGACGCUCCGCCCGGUUCAAGUGACACAGAAAUUCCUUAGGAAGUUAUCACUAAUCAUAUAGUUAAUAAGAUCUGGAUGAUAUACUAUACAUGUUAUCAUAUAUGCAAUUUGAACAGCCAUUUGUAACUAUUAUGAGUACGAGGAAGAUGCAUUUUUCCGUAAGCAAAGCAUGUUGGAUUAAAUUGUUUUUC